AUGGCGGAUGAUUACUCUACAGAUCAGUUUAAAGCAACACAAAUGUUUGACGAAAUAGUAUGGCACUUUCGAGCAAACUUGCCUUUAAAAUCUAACCGGAGUAUGCUGACAACUGUUGAAAAUAGUUUUACUGGAAAAGAGGCUCUAGAUUUCUUGCUUCUCGAAGUGCCUAGAAUCAUUCCCGAUAAAGUGCCGACAGUAGAGAAUAUGCAGAAAUUGCUCAUGAUGAUGGUGGAUUGGAAAAUAGUCGCAGAAGCGUUCCCAAAGAGAAACCAAAGAAAAAGAGAAUUCAGUGAUUCACGAGUGUAUAUCUUCAUUAAGAGUUUAGAUGAAUUGAAGAAGCCGAAACCACGUUCACGAAGAUCAGCUUCGUUCAGUGGUGGCAGGAAAAGUGUUAGAGUUACUCAACCAGUUUCGCCCUCAGCUACUAUGCUAAGACGUCCAAAACUUUCACGAAGAUUGUCAAGGUCAAAUGGAAAUAUUGACAAGGCAGGAGUUGAUAAUGAUCCUCGUGGCGUAGAGAAUCAUGGUUUUGACGACCAAAAAGAAGAAGAUCAGCAGAAGUCAAGCAGGAGACUACAUGCUCCAAAAAUUCUAAAUCGAUCAUUGGAGAGUAUUUGCACUGAACAUAUUUCACUGAAAGCAGAUUUCACAGAAAAGAAAGAAAAGGUUUAUGAUUGGCUUCCGUUCUUCAAAUCCAGGAGGUACCACACAAAAGCACAUCAGCCAACUCGUCGAUCCGUGUCUCUUGAUCGAAAUCAUUGUAUGGUUGAAGAGGAAAUUGAAGAAGCUGCUCGUAACAAGAAAAAAGUCACAACACCGCCGAUUCGCGAACUUACAAAUGAUUUAGUUUUUAUGCAUCCUAAAGGUCCGAUGUCGACAGCACCCGCUCGUUAUCAAAGUAAUCGAGUAAGUAUUGUUGGCACGAAUCCUGCGUCAUUGUCGCGUGGAAGAAUGUAUGAGUCAAUAGUUCGUCGACCGUCAAUACCAGUAGUCGAAACACAACCACCUGCUCUCAAAGAUUGUAUUAUCUGGAAAACUGAAAUGCUUGCAAGGCUCGAGCUGCUAUACGACCGUCCUAUACCAAGCGAAUGGGCGAAUAAAGUAGACGGUUAUGAUAUCAAUUGGAAUAUGCUUGAGAUUGAUGCAAACGAUGGAGUUGUUAAAUCAAGGUGUAGUGGACUUCAACCCGAUUACCCAACCACUAUUGUACACUUCAUGGAUUAUCUCGGUCGUUAUCCAUUCUCAAGUGGCAAAAAAUUAGACUUUGUACCUGAGCUUAACGUGAAUCGUAUGUUCGGAACUCUUGUAAACCGUCUUGAAGAUCUCAAUGCUCCACUUCAAUCAGAGGACUGCUCUCUGAUCGUGAGCUUUCUCAGCAAAAUGGAUGGUUUCGCAAUGAUGAUGGAAACGGGGGCAGGUCGUAGAUGGUCAAAAGUCAUAAUGUCUACAUCUGUUUCAAGUAUCGAAGAAGCUGGAUUGAUGGUCGAUGGGUUUUCACGUGAUAUUCCAUCUUGCGGGAUUCGAGCAUCUAAACAUAGAAGAAGAGCACUGUCACCGUUUGACAACAGAGUCAAUUUACCUAUUCAAGAUGAAAAGGCUUACAAAGUCAGAGAAAAAUGGCUUAUAGAGUCACUACAAUUAAUUCUGUUGUCCCUUCCAACAUCUCGACGUCGAAAGCUUCAUAAAUUUGUAUGUUUCAUAAAGUCUAUUGAAACAAAUCAAUUAUUCGAUCUCGCUGACCCAUCAAACGGAUCUUCAAACAAUCGGGAAGCUGCUAUAAUUGGACUCUGGACAGGAGUCUGUGGUGGAUGUCGAAAGCAACAGGGAAUGCUCAUUACUGCAGUUUUGCUUGCCAACUACCGUACACUCUUCGCUGUUCCAGAAGAGUUUGUGGAACGUGUACAAAGAUUGGAAUAUGCACAGAAUGAAUCAUAUGAUAGUUCUCGAUAUCCGAAAGUCAACAGAUCACGACGAACUCGCAAUCAGUCAAUUGUAGAAGAAACGCCAUCAUCGCCAGCUGCUCUCAAGAAAACGUCGAAAGAAACAUUCACAGCAGAAAAAUCGAAGAAAGGAUUAUUCACGCGUCUGCUCAGAAAAUAA